AUGCCCACUCCCUCCGAGCAAGCCCAGGCCUUAAACCCAGCAGCCAUCCACGCAGCCUACGACCUCAUAAAACCCUACAUCCACCUCACCCCGCUCCUGACCUGCAGGACCCUCGACAAGAUCGCCUCAACCCCGCAAACCCCAGAAGCGCUCAUCGGCACCCCAUUCGAAGGCCAAACCCCCGCAAACCCACAAAUCCGCUUCUUCUUCAAAUGCGAGAAUCUCCAGCGUAUAGGCGCGUUCAAGGCGCGAGGUGCACACCACGCACUCUUGCGAUUAAUUCAAGAACAAGGUGAAGAGGAGGUAAAGCGACGGGGAGUGAUAACGCAUAGUUCUGGUAACCAUGCCCAAGCCCUUGCCCUCGCCGCUUCGACACUCAACGUCCCCGCCUACAUCGUUAUGCCGGAGAUUAGCACACCGUCCAAGAUUGCAGGGACUCGCUCGCACGGCGCGGAAGUCACAUUCAGUGGCUCGACAAGUGUGGAGCGGGAGGCCGUAGUCGCGGAGAUUCAGGCAAAGACGCACGCGUUCCUUAUCCCUCCAUAUGACGACUUCAAUAUUAUCUGCGGACAGGGUACUACGGCAUUGGAAAUGGAGAGGCAGUUCACUGAGACAGGAAAAAAGGAAUUCGAUGCCGUGAUCACGCCUAUUGGUGGUGGUGGACUGAAUGCUGGUGUUGCGACGUACUUCUCUGAUAAACCGACGCGGGUUUUUGGCGCCGAGCCUAGUUUUGAAGGUGCUGAUGAUUGUCGGCGCGGACUUGGUGUCGGGGCGAGAGUGGAGAAGGUGUCGACGCUUACUAUUGCGGAUGGGUUGCGGACACCGGUAGGGUUGUUGAAUUGGGAAGUCAUCUCUGACAAGCAGAAGAUUGAGGGAGUGUUUUCUGUUACGGAAGAGCAGAUCAAGGCAGCGUUAAGGUUGGUACUUGAGCGAAUGAAGGUUGUUGUGGAGCCUAGCGCUGUAGUCGGGUUAGCUGUUUGUCUUUUUGAUGAAGAGUUCCGGAGGCGUGUGGAGGUUGAAGGUGGGGAGGAGGGUUGGGAUAUUGGGAUCGUGUUUAGUGGAGGAAAUACGACUGUUGAGGCGAUUGGGAAGUUAUUUGGAUGA